UGAGGCAUCAAGGGCGUCGGAAAGACAGGUGAGUGGCCGAGCAAGCGUAUAUAUGGCCUUCCUGCCAAGCGGUACUCACAAUCUAUUUCCGCAUCGUGUAGUGACUGACCACCUCGUGUAUUCGCCGUCGGAGACAGAGACAGUUUGCCAUCUUCCAUCGCCAUGGGGUCCCAGAAGCUGCUGCAGUCACGGCUUGUGGUCAUGGUCGCUGCCACCAUCUUGGUCUCGUUGCUCUUGGCUGAGACUGCAAUCGCGGCUGAAUACUAUACGAAAGGAAACGUGUGGAUUCGUAACUGCGACAAGAACAAGGAUGGACACCCGGACUACCCUCCGAAUUCAAACAACAGCAAAUGUUCACGCUUGAAAGUAGUCCCGAAGCGCAAGAAAGUGACGGUUUAUUGCAGGAUUCCAGGGGAAUGUGUACACGGCGACUGCUACUGGCUGUACGUAAAAUAUGGUUCGACUUCCGGGUGGAUGUCCGACUACUGGGUAGACUGUGGUGGCAAAGUCUGCCCGGUCUCUCGUUGCCGAAAUGUGUAGGAGAAGUGUGCGACUGUGUUGUGCAUUCGCUUCUCCCACGCAGUGUGCGGUGGACGGACUGUAGUGUUGAUAUGUUCUACUGCUUGGAUGGAAGCCACCAACCCAGCAACACAGCUUGGAAGUUUGCAUAGUAAAUAAGCGCCGCACUUCGGAUGAUCGAAGAGCGGCGCCACGUUGAUCAGAUCACUGCCAUGGACGUUUUGUUUCUAUGUAUAUCUAUUUUCUCAUAC